AUGAAAGCCAUUGGAUUCUACAUGAACACUGAUAAGGGUCGUCAGCCCUUACUGGUGGCCUGGCAUUAUUUUUUCAUGCUCCAGAUGGCAAUUAGUUUAGCAUCCUUGGGCUACGGAAUAUUGGAGUCGCUUGACGACAUUGUGCUCUUGGGGCAGGAUCUGGCCUAUACCAUAGGAACUUUUUACAUAUUCUUUAAAAUGGUGCACUUUUCCAUUCAUGCGGAUGAUAUCGACGAGAUAAUCGAUGGCCUAGAGGAGUGUUAUCAAUGUGAUAGUCAGGGUCGUGGUCUGGAGGAGUCCCGAUGCAUGAAACGAAGGAUCUUUUUUUGGCUUACUGGCCUUAAUGCAGCGUGGUUAUUUAUGGUUAUUUCUUUUGUUCUGAUAAUAAUCUCGACACCUUUUUGGCUGGAGGCGCAGGAACUCCCAUUCCACGUGGCCUAUCCAUUCCAUUUACAUGAUCCAUCCCAGCACCCACUAUGUCAUGCCACUAUUUUUGUUUCCCAAAGUUGCAUUUUGAUGUACGCCAUGAUUUGGACAUUAUGUUGCGAACACAUUUCAGUUACCAUCUUUUCCGAAUUGACUUCUGCGCUGAAGGUCCUUUGCACGGAGCUACGUGUUGUCCACGAACGUUGUGAUGGAAAUUCCAGUCUGUUCGCCCACGAAGUAUAUGAUUUGGCCAAGUUUCACCAGCGGAUUAUCUGCCUCACUGACCGUUCAAAUGAGAUCUUCAAUGGAGCCUUUACUAUGCAACUGAUUGUCAAUUUCUUACUAAUUUCGCUGUCGGUCUUUGAAGCCAUGGUUUCCAGACACGACCCUAAAGUGGCAGCCGAGUACUUGGUACUGAUGGUAAUGGCCUUAGGCCACCUAUCGUAUUGGUCGAAAUUCGGAGACAUGUUGACCCAGGAGUCUCUGAAUGUUGCCGUGGCUGCUUACGAAGCUUACGACCCUACUUAUGGCUUCAGGAGCACCCACACGAUCAUCUGGCUGAUUAUUCAAAGAGCCCAAACACCUUUAUCCGUUAAAAGCAGACUCUUUCCGCCUUUCAAUUUGGAAAACAACUUGGCUGUAAAUUAA